AUGUCCAACCCUUUAGGUUUUGGGAACAGAAAGUUCUCCAUCAAUAGGAACACGGGCGUUCCUAGACCUGCCCGCCGUUUCUCCAAUACCGAGCCUGGUAUCAACGAGGCCAGUUCUAAGAUCCACAGGCAGUUUCGUGCUGCUCAUGAGGGCCAUCUUCCUCAUGCCGGUCUGGAUGCCACCAGGGCUUCUACCGGUGUUGUUUGGUGUACCGAGCGAGCAGCCGAGCAUGGCUUCCUCGAUGAGCCUGACAAAUGGGCAAACCUAGGCCAGGGUGCCCCUGAAGUGGAAGAUGACAUUGAAGGCUGCUUCCCCCGGCCCAAGACCAUUGACAUCAGCCUCGGCAGCCGUGAAUACGGCCCAACUGCCGGAAUCAAGCCUCUCCGUGAAGCCGUAGCCAACCUCUACAACGCGAUGCACCGCCAGGGCAAAACCAGCCAAUACACCUGGGAGAACGUCGCCAUCGUCCCCGGCGGCCGUGCUGGUCUCAUUCGGAUUGCCGCCGUUCUGAACAACGCCUACGUCGGCUUCUUCAUCCCCGACUACACCGCUUACAACGAAAUGCUCUCCCUCUUCAAGAACUUCGCCGCCAUUCCCGUCCCCUUGUCCGAGGAAGACGGCUACCACAUCCACCCCGACAAGAUCGCCGAGGAGAUCGCCCGCGGCACCUCCGUCAUCAUCACCUCCAACCCCCGCAACCCAACCGGCCUCGUCGUCGCCAACCCCGAGCUCGCCGAAAUCCAAGACAUCUGCCGUGAGCGCGCCACCCUCGUCAGCGACGAGUUCUACUCUGGGUACAACUACACCUCCAACUGCGACGGAACCUCCAUCUCCGCCGCCGAGAACGUAAUCGACGUCGACGAAGACGACGUGCUCAUCAUCGACGGCCUGACCAAGCGGUUCCGCCUCCCAGGCUGGCGUGUCGCUUGGAUCCUCGGCCCAAAGGAGUUCAUCAAAGCCAUCGGCUCCUGCGGUUCCUACCUCGACGGCGGCACCAACGUCCCCUUCCAGGAGGCCGCCAUCCCCAUGCUCGAGCCGUCUCUCGUCAAGAAGGAGAUGCAGGCUCUUCAGCAACACUUCAAGGAGAAGCGUGACUAUGUCGUCGAGCGCCUCCGCGGGAUGGGAUUUACUAUCCGCCACGUGCCUGAUUCCACGUUCUACAUCUGGCUGAACCUCGAGGGGCUGCCCGGCCCGAUCUCGGACGGGCUGAACUUUUUCCAGGCGUGUCUCGAGGAGAAGGUGAUUGUUGUUCCGGGGAUCUUCUUUGACUUGAACCCGGCGAGGAGGAGGGAUUUGUUUGACAGCCCGUGUCAUCACUUUGUGCGGUUUUCGUACGGGCCCAAGAUGGACGUGCUGAAGAUGGGGUGUGAUGGGAUCGAGAGGGUGGUGAACAAGUUUAAGAAGUUGGUUAGCCACCCCAACUAUAAGUAA